UAUACCUCUGGCGCUGGCCGGGAAUGGUGAACAGCUGAGCUACAAGUCUUUUAAUAAAGCAUAGCGAUCGCACUUUCCAGUAAUACUGUAAAGGUAUAGACUUGAGAGUUUUGCCCGAAUGCUACAGUGCCACGCAAGUAGCAGCCCUUAAACGAAGUUAAACCUGGCCUUGGAUUAAAAAAAGUCGCCCGGGCAAAGACAACCGCCAUCAUCUCAGAAGUCCUUGACUGCGAAGGCACAGCUAAGGCUAUCACUUCCUGGAAACACCAAAAAGCUGCCAUUGUUUUGAAACCCCAUGUUCAUAAGCACAAGGGUUGCAAGUGACUGAGCUCCCGUCGCCAUGGAUGCCCAACCGCAAGGCCAACAGGCUGUAGUUCCUGUGUUUCAGCCUCAGAAGCCUCUACAGCCAGAUAUGGGUCACAAUUCCUUAGCCAAUUUUCAAAUUGAAAAGAAGAUCGGAAGAGGACAGUUCAGCGAGGUCUACCGGGCCAGAUACUUGCUAGACAACACAUCAGUAGCUUUGAAAAAAGUUCAGAUAUUCGACUUGAUGGAUGCCAAAGCUCGGCAAGAUUGCAUCAAAGAGAUAGAUCUCCUUAAGCAACUGAACCACCCCAAUGUAAUCAAAUACCAUGCAUCCUUCAUUGAAGAGAAUGAGCUAAAUAUAGUUCUGGAGCUUGCCGAUGCUGGGGACCUCUCACGGAUGAUUAAGCACUUCAAGAAACAGAGGAGGCUGAUCCCUGAGAGGACUGUGUGGAAGUACUUUGUGCAGCUAUGCAGUGCUCUGGAACAUAUGCACUCCCGACGCGUCAUGCACAGAGAUAUAAAACCGGCUAAUGUGUUCAUUACUGCCACUGGGGUAGUAAAACUGGGGGACCUCGGCCUGGGCCGGUUCUUCAGCUCCAAAACCACAGCGGCUCAUUCUUUAGUGGGUACCCCUUAUUACAUGUCUCCCGAGAGGAUACAUGAAAACGGAUAUAACUUCAAAUCUGACAUCUGGUCGCUAGGCUGCUUGCUCUAUGAGAUGGCUGCUCUCCAGAGCCCCUUCUACGGAGACAAAAUGAACCUGUACUCACUGUGUAAGAAGAUCGAGCAGUGCGACUACCCACCUCUCCCAUCCGAUCACUACUCUGAAGAGCUGAGGAAGUUAGUAGAUAUGUGCAUCAACCCUGAUCCAGAGAAGAGGCCUGAUAUCACCUAUGUGUAUGACAUUGCCAAACAGAUGCAUGCCAUGACACUUGGCAGCUAAAUCCACAGAGUAAGAGAGAGAGAGACUAUUUUUCUGCUCUCCAAAGGAGGAGGACUGGUGGAGAUCUCCCACGUAGUUUGACGAUAUAAUUGAUUUCUCACUUCCGGUGAGCCCCAUGUUACUUAAAUGAAGUAAAAGAAAAUGGUGCAGCUCUUCAAGCUGUGUGUUGGGUUUUACAUGAAUUCCAGCCGUUUUUUAAACUGACACAGUCUGUUCAGAUGUUUGGAGUUAUCCGGAGUUGGAACGACAUUAGUGUUGAGUUCUAGCAGCCUGAUUGCCCAGUCAUGCAGGAACACAGCCUGGCCUGAGCACAAGUGCCUCAGUGCUUGAGUGGUUUUUAAAAACAUUUUAUUCCCCAUUAUUACGAGUAUGCUUUAUACAAUAUCACUUUAUUGAUGGCACACCAUGUUAAUCAUAUUGGCUAAUAUACCCACACACAGACAUAGAAACACAUGCACACACACACCCAUAUCAGGAGCAUACAAACAUACAGAUCAGCAGUGGCAUUGUUACACUUUACAUACUGAAAUAAAGACAAAUCAAGUAUUUAGUAUCACUUUGCUUUGAUUGCAUUUUUAUUGGCACAGAAAGAAUGUACAAUUGUGGUCUGGUGUAGAUUGUAGUUUGAAAACAUCAUUUUAUUUGCUCCAUCUGUGACAGUAAGCCACGCAACAGGAAUUAUUGAAAAGUCACAUACAAAUGAUGUUGUUGGAAACAGUUUGACCAGUUCAGCUUCUAAAUGAAAUUGCUCUGAAUCUUGAUUUAUACAUUGAAAUGAGUCCAUCUUGCUCUUAAACCAUGUCUCACCAUUUCCAAAACUCAGAUGGUGAAAACUGAAGAAA